AUGCCCAAAGACGGAAAGAUGAGAUUUGUUCAGCAAGCAGGAAAGAGCAAGGACAUCAUCAACACGGCAAGCGCACAUGACGACCACAAGGACAAAUCCAUGGCUAGAUACCGUGCUAUCAAAACCCGAACCAGUCGAACCACCCACAGUGCUAGGGAAGCCACCCAACAAGAUCGAACCAUCAGACCAUCUCCGCCGAAAAUCAAAUUCCUCCACUCCGAAACACAAGCCAGCAAAAAGUCAGAGAGAGCCUCCUCUCUCGACGAAGCCUUUCAAGCAGCAAUCAAAGCCAUAGUACCAGAACGACUCGAAGCCACCAGAAGAGCAAAAGCGAAAAUGGGCCUCUCCCAAGAAACCACAAAGGAUGAUCCAAAAGUAGCCAAGUUCACCCAAAUAACAUCCACAGAUCCAACACCACCCGCCGCUCCAAAACUCCCAAAGGCAAAGGAAAAACCGCUUCUGCAAGCAGCAAUCGAACACAUUACACUGGACCGCUUACACACCGUCCUCUACAAAGCCCUCAACGAAUCUCCAAAGGCCCGUUCGGUGUUUGAGAGAGAACUCCUAGCCCCACUGUCUCCAGACCCUGAAGAGGAACAAGAGGCGAUAGCAGCAAAGAAGAAGCCAACAAGAAAACGACCACGGUUCGAGAUGUGUAGAUGGUGUAAAGAGGAAUUCGAUGUCACAGACAACCCCGACGAUGCCUGCAACCAUCACAAUGGGGUAUUAGAGCAAACCCGCCCUGAUGGCUUCACAUGGGAUUGCUGCCAGGCAGAUGGAGAUGACGACGGCUGUGAGACCACUGCCCAUGAAAUUGACGAGGAUUAUGACGCAAAGAAACCCAAGCGGUACUGGGAGUCUUGA